GCGUAAAGUCACGUGAUGACGUCACACUGACAGGAAGCGUAGAAGAAGAAGUUUGCGCAUGCUCAGUGUGGUUCUGUGUUCCGGUUCUGGAGAAGAUGGCAGCGCCGGUUGAUCUGGAGCUAAAGAAGGCGUUCUCUGAACUGCAGGUGAAGAUGAUUGACACCCAGCAGAAGGUGAAGUUGGCCGACCUGCAGAUCGAUCAGCUAACUCGUGUUCAGAAACACGCUAAGCUAACACACGCAGAGAUUGCCACAAUKCCUGAUAACACACGACUCUAUGAGGGCGUCGGCCGCAUGUUCAUUCUUCAGUCAAAAGAGGAAAUCAACAACCUGCUGAGGGACAAACAGAAAACUGUUGAUGACAAGAUCAAAGAACUUGAGCAGAAGAAGGUUUACCUGGAGCGCAGCGUCAAAGAAGCUGAGGACAACAUCCGAGAGAUGCUGCUGUCCAGGAGAGCUCAGUGACUGAAGCUGCACCAUUCUGUUACCUGCUUUUAAUAAACUGCUGUUUGAUAAAUUAGUUGUUGAAGCUCCGCCUACUUCCUGUUUCUGAGAUAACCUGCAUCUCAACUCUGAAUGUUUCAGCUUUUGAGUUUUUGAGCUUGUUAACAUGAAGAAAGACAAGUUUUGUUGAACUGA